ACGUCAACAACGAUUAUUACAAUGCAGAAACUUAUCAUCUUUACCGCCCUUUUGGCUGUGGCCGCCGCCGCCCCCGGGUACAUUCUAACCCACGAGCCUCAGAAGUCGACCAUCACGCACAGUAGCCAGGUGGUCGACCAUGGGAGCACCAUCGUGCACCAUCCUGUGGUCCCAGUGGUCCACGCCACCCCUGUGGUCCACGCCACCCCUGUGGUCCACGCCCCCGUGGUCCAUGUGUCGGUGCCAUCUAAGACCACCGUGACUAAGAGCGACCACGUGGUCAACCACGGCUCCACUGUGCACGUGCCGGUGGUACACACACAUGAGAUCCCUGUUGUGCACGCCCAAAAGACGACUGUAACAAAGAACACCCACUCCAUCAACCACGGAUCCACAUUCGUGCACAGCCCGGUCGUGGUGCACGCCCCAGUGGUGCAUGCCGCCCCAGUGGUCCACACAACACUGGUGCACUCUGCCCCCCUGGUCACCUACAAGACCGGGGACUCCGCUAUCUCCCACCAGAGCUCCACUGUGCACGAGACCGAGCCCGUACUCAAGUCCUACUCGCUGUACACUUUCCACCACUGAUUUGUUUGUUAAAGAU